AUGAUCCACCAGGAAGUUGAAGUAGAACGGGACGUGUUUGCCGGGGAGGUCGGGAACUUGCAAAAGCUGGUCCGGCGGCUCAACGCCACGCACAACCGGAUAAGCUGCCAGAACAAGGAGCUGGGACGCCUCAAAGAGAAGGCCAACAUCCUCGAGACGACACAGCACAGGCUCCAAUCCUCCAUGCAAGCCGCUCAAGACACUUUGGAGCGAGCGAGCUACGAGCUCAAGGGCUUCCGCAACAAGGCCCGGGAGACGACGCUGGAGGCGAGCCGGAACAUGAAGCGGUGCAAGGAGCUCCAGCAGCACGCCGGCUUCCUGGAGCAGCUCCUCGAGAAGGAGCGCGUGGACAAGGAGUACUUCGAGAAGAAGGUGUUCCAGCUCGCGCAGGAGCUCCGGCGGGUGGACACGCAGCUCCAGAACGCCAAGGGCUACUCGAGGGUGAACGCGUUCAAGGGGAUGCCCAAGAAGAAGCCGCCGGAGCCGCCACCAUCGGUGAAGAGCACCACGACCACGACCACGACGAGCAGCGGCGCAAACACGCCCAAGAAGGUGAGAGUGGCGUCGCCGAGAGGCGGGGCAUCGCCGCGAUCGCCCAGAGGGAACGUAGUGCCCGACCAGGACGUGGUGGACAUCACCAACAGGCUCGUCAAUGCGGCGCAGUUCCACUUCGAGCAAAGCUUCAAGCACAAAGGCGAGUAGCUAUGGCAAUUUAAACGAGAAUAUACUAGCGGUAUAUUCACGGCCAGGCGCAUCGCCACCGUUGAUCACGCCAUCGACACAUCCCAGCCGUCGAGAUGCAGUCGUUAUGAGAAGCUAGGGUUUCCUCCCUAAA